AUGCCUUCUUCCUCAAGUAGCGCCCACGAGCCGAAAGUUUUACACUUUACCCCUGUUACACCUGGGUAUCGCCACGUCCCAAAAGGCAACAUCUACAUUACAAAAAACUGCCGGUUACUUACCCAUGCCGCCAAACAACCUUUGUAUGUCGUUGUUGAUAAGCGCGAUCGAACCCUCGGAAUUCGCUGUCCAGAUCGCAUUUACCGCCAAGUGCUCUCCUCCUAUCACGAAACCGCACCCAAGCGAGCCCAGGCGGUACAGAAGCGGGACGCGCUGAUCGAGGAUAAGUUCGAGGCUAUCAUCCUCAAAUUAUUCCCCAAGACACCAAAAGAGUCGAUCCCGGUCAUCGUCAAGCAUGCCGUCAAGAAGAGAAGCGGGAGGGUAGGUAGGAGCACAAAGAUAGGAGAGUUGGAGGAUAAGGUCAUGCUGGCCGUGCGAGCACAUAUCAGGCAUGUUCACACAGAUUACGAAACGUUGUUGAGAGAAGGCGUGAACAGGGAGGAGGCCAGGCAAAGGGUUUGGGAGAGAGUCAAUGAGGUCGCAAAGGAGUGGGGGGCUACCACGGGAAGCCUCUUCCGAAAGAGGGCAGAUAGCGCAAGGGGAAAAACGGUGAGUAGGGAUAGGCCGACUGGAGCAGCACCAGAUACGGGGAAGAAGAGGCUACAUCGCCCAGUCAUGACAAAGAGGGUACAGGUCACUGCUCCGGAAACAGCCUCGCCACUAGACCAGAGUGCGACAGAGCCACCAGGAAGGAAGCAAAAGAAGCGGAGGGGGAGAUACACCCGGUUCCUGGAAAGGAAGGCGAGGGGCGGUGUUAUGGCGAUUUCACCAGACAGGGUGCGCGUUACACGGCGAAUGACGAGACAGUCCUUGGAAAAGUCCAGCGCGGAAGCAAACGAUGGAGUCGAGGUUAUAGAAAUCUCUUCGGACGAGGAUGGCGACGAGGAUGGCGAUGUUUUGGAAGACGACCCCAUUAAGGUCUUCAUCGUUGAUAACGACGACGAGGAAGCUUUGGCUGUUUUCUCUGUCGAUGAAGACACAAGCGACAAUGACUAUGAGAGCGAUGACAGUGGCUGGAGUGGGAAGUCUUGA